AUGGAUCUUUCUCAACUUCCGGACAUCACCAGCCUGCUUGUCAGGCCAGAUAACCCUCCACGAAAUGAUCUCGAAGGAAUGGACUACGCACGAUGUGCAGCUCUACACAACUACCUGAUCCAAUAUGCCUGGCUCGCUGAAGGCCGCCCACUGGCAACUCUGAAUGCCAACGACAACUUUUUCACGACCUUCGGUGAUGAAGCUGAAGCUGAAGCUUGUCGUCCAAGGCUUGAUCCGUCACUGGCGGCGUUCCUUGACACCGCUAUGAUAUCUCCUUUUCCCUUUGAUAAUCCUCACGAAUACCUCCCGUUCUAUGUUUUUGCAUGGGGUAUCGAUGGGCCAAACAACCUUUUUGAGGAAGCUGAAGCUGAUAUGCAUGACCAGCCGAUUGACAGCCUGAUGCGCUUGUACGCUGUCAUAUCGCAUGUAGACGGUAGUGGCAGUGUUAUCUACCACCAACGCUUCCAUCGCGUCGCGAUCUUCAUGCAUAUUGAUGCCUAUGACUACGGGUUUCCAGUUGAGGAUAAUCGAUACGUUUGGAACCCACUAGAGACACUGCUCACCCACUGGAUCGACCUUAUUCAUCUUGGAAAAGUUGUGGCUUCGCCUAAGAAAGAGCCAGCCCUAUUUGACUUUGAGAAAAUCGGGCCCUGGGAGUGGCGGCCCUAUAGCGAAGCCCAGGUUACUACGUGUGUCGCCGAGUGGGAUCGGCUGUGUCAGGCCAUUGAGGCGCGCAUCUCGCAGCUGCCGAACCCACCAUCACCGAUCAGCCCCAUUUCCGGGACUGAUGCGGAUAAUCCAGAGCCACUGGUCGCAUCAACUGUCCUGGACGCCGCUUCGGUGCCUGAUCCCUCCUUUGCGCGUUUGUUUCUGACGCGCGCGAGACGGCCCUGGUUCCACUACAUCGCUCCGGGCCUUCUCCUGCCCCGGGCUGACUCGGCUGGAUUUGUGGCAGCGCAGCCAUUCAGCGUAUUACCCCGCUCUGAGUACACCGCACCACCAGUAUGUCUUUUUCCCGCUGAUACCGGAGACCAGCGUCCUAUCCAGCUCACGAGAACAACAAGUCCAUGGUUAUUGUCGGACUUCUAUUCAACGUGCACUAAAACGUGCACACCGUCUCGCGUCUCUGCAGGCCUGUAUACUGAGGCAGUGGAGAGAAACGGUGAUGAACCGACCGAGGAGGGAUUUCGGCUGUUGCUCCCGUUCACCUUCAAUGAUGAUUGGAGCAGGAAAGUAGGCGCACGAAAAAGCGAUGGGCAGUUUGUUGAUAGGGGACGCUUUUCAGAGCUCUUUCAGCAUGGAUUCAAGCCCUUUGGUGGUGACUACUACCGCCCCCAGCGGCUGGAGCGUUUGUUGGAUUGUUGGCGCAAGCUGGUUGAAAAAGGCGUCUGGUCUAUUGGGCCGGAAGGGGUAGAAGGUACUAUCGAUACUUUCAGAGAUGCUGAAUCGGACCGUUGGGAGGAUUAUUAUAUCCCUCCCACAUGGUAG